CAAAGGUAUAGUUCUAUUACCGAACAUACUUUCAAGUCCGAAACAAGAGAAGAAUAAAAUCUAAGACAGUAGGGGAAAAUGGCUUGUUGUUGGUCUGCUGAGAAUGCCACCAAAGCUUAUCUCCGAGCCGUCAAUAUGGGAAGAAGAGGCAAAGAGCCCGGCGUAGCUGAGUUCAUGUCGGCCAUUGCGGCCGGAAACAACGCACAGCUCAUGGUCAUGACAUGCGCUAAAAUCGUUGGAUCCACCGCGCUAGCCCUCGUGGCGGCGGCACGUCAAACCGGCGGCCGAGUGGUGUGCAUCUUAAACAGUCUUGACUAUUUUGAAGCAUCCAAAUGUGCUCUAAGAAACUAUGGAGAUUGCAUCAGCUUUGUCAUUGGGGAUGCCAAGAAGCUUCUAAAUGAUUACAGAAACGCAGAUUUUGUGCUUAUUGACUGUAACAUAACUGAUCAUAAGACAGUACUGAAGGCAGCACAAGAGGGUGCAAAGCAUGGAGGAAGUGCCCUUAUUGUAGGGUACAAUGCCCUUCGAAGGGGACCUGCAGGUUGCAGCAGUAGUAUUGAAGGAUUUAGGACCUAUUUUCUCCCCAUUGGAGAAGGCCUGCUGGUGAUUAGAAAAGGGGAGCACAAGAAGGGUGAUGAUGGAGUUAAUCCCAGAAAAAGAAGCCAUUGGGUUGUUAAAAUAGAUAAAUGGACGGGUGAGGAACAUGUUUUUAGGAUCAAUUCACCAUUUCCCAAAGACAUCAACGCUUAAACUCCGAGGUUUUGAUUUCUAGAACCCGAGUUUAUGUCAAUUAGUUUGUACACGAAG